AUGGCAACCAACCUCACUUCUUCUUUCACUUUUGCUCUCAUCCUCUGUGUUUCAGCUCUUUCACUAAUUCCGCACACCACCUCAUUAUCAUCCUCAUUCCAAUUCCCUCCAACCCAAUCCACAAUCCUCCCUGACCCUUCAAGCUUCUUCUUUGCAAACCUCCUCUCCACCCCUCUCCCCACCAAUUCUUUUUUUCAGAACUUUGCUCUCAACAAUGGUGACAAACCAGAGUACUUCCACCCCUACAGCAUCAACUCAUCCUCCACCUCUCUGUCUUUCUCCUACCCAUCUCUCUCCUCCACCUCUGCUUUCAUCUCCCAAACCUUUGUCCCUGACCUCACCAUCUCCGCCUCCCAAACCAGUGCCAACUUAGCUACAGCAAAUAACAGCGGCCGUGUAAUCUCUGCCUUCACUGAUCUCAGUGUCACCUUGGACUUUCCCUCCUCCAACCUUCGUUUCUUCCUCGCUCGAGGAAGCCCCUAUGUCACCUGCAAUGUGUCUAGCCCCACUGCGGUUUCUAUCUCAACCAUUCACGCAAUCCUCGAAUCCUAUUCGAGCAACUCAAAGACCAAGUUCACCGUCCAGCUUAACAACAAUCAAACAUGGGUUAUGUACACCUCCUCCCCAGCUAAUUUGAUUAGACGCAGCCCAUCAACCUUAACUUUUGAUGGCUAUUCUGGGAAUAUUCGGAUUGCAUUGGUGCCGGGUUCUGAUCCAAAAUACGUGGCAAUCCUUGACCGGUUUAGUUCUGCUUACCCCAUUUCUGGUGAAGCUGUGUUCACAAAGCCAUUCACUCUGGAAUAUAAAUGGGAAAAGUAUGGACGGGGAGAUUUGCUUAUGCUAGCUCAUCCUCUCCAUCUUCAGCUUCUGUCUAAUGCUACUGUUUUGGAGGAUCUCAAGUACAAGAGUAUUGAUGGCGAUCUGGUUGGCAUCGUUGGCGAUUUGUGGGAGUUGAAAUCUCAUAAUAUAUCAGUCACUUGGCAUUCAAUCGGAGGUGUCAAACAAGCCUCAUACACUGAAAUUGUUUCUGCGCAUGUUAAGGCUCUUAGUUCGACGCCAAUAACAACUGAAUCGCCAUACUUUUAUGGGAAAUUGGUUGCCAGAGCAGCAAGGUUGGCUUUAAUUGCCGAGGAGGUGAAUUGUCUUGAUGUGGUUCCAGCAAUUAGGAAAUACUUGGCGGACGCCAUUGAGCCAUGGUUGGAUGGUACUUUAAGUGGGAAUGGUUUUUUGUAUGAUCCUAAAUGGGGUGGACUUGUCACCCAACAAGGAUCAACCGAUCGCGGUGCAGAUUUUGGGUUUGGAGUUUAUAAUGAUCACCAUUAUCAUCUUGGAUAUUUUGUUUAUGGUAUUUCAGUGCUUGCAAAGAUUGACCGUGCAUGGGGGAGCAAGUACAAGCCUCAAGCUUACUCUCUUGCAAGAGACAGUGGACUUUGGUUUGCUCCUCCAGAGGCAAAAGAAAUAAGGCUUGGAAUUCAGUUGCUGCCCAUAUCCCCAGUCACUGAGAUCUUGUUCUCUGAUGAUGGCUUUGCUAAGGAAAUUGUGGAAUGGGCAUUGCCAGCCCUGAGUAGAGAAGGAGUUGAGGAAGGAUGGAAGGGCUUUGUCUAUGCCUUGCAAGGGAUUUAUGAUAAGGAUGGUGCUUCGGAGAAGAUCAAGAGCUUGAAGGGUUUUGAUGAUGGAAACUCUCUCUCUAAUCUCCUAUGGUGGAUUCAUAGUAGGAACUUAGGUUCACAGUAG